GCCUACUAACCCUAACCAGCACUAUGCCACCAGUAGGGCCUGGUCUUGGCCGCACCGUCACGCACCGCGUGGCUAUUUUCCCAGCGACUUGUUCGUCGAGGGCAGGUCGUUGGGAAUGGAGUCCGAGAUGUGUGAGUUCUGUGGUAGGAAUCUUCCCGAUUACACUGCGCUAGGGAGACAUCAGGCCACGCACCAGCGAUGUCUCAGGGAACAACUUAAGCCCCCGCACCUUAGGCGCUAUGUCCGGCUUAGGAGGCGCUCGCUUCGCUCCCGGGCACGGCCGCGGGAGACCUCCCCGUCGUCCGACUCUAGCGAGUCGUCGGAUAAUGGCCCGCAUCAGAGGCGGCGCGGGGGCCCACCAUCUCCCGAGCCGUCGGGAUCCAGCGAUGGGUCUGAGCAGCCUGGCGCCGACGCCGAGCCUCCCGCCCCGCCCAUUCCUGACGAACCGGAUGAGCCGUUCGAUAUCCGCGUCGAGGUCUCCAUAUUAGCUCGCAAGUACCUUCUAACCAACACGUGUAUCACCGAGAUCAUCCAGCUUCUGAAGCAUCCGCAACUGCGGAGCGAGGACCUUCAUGAAUGGGACACUCACUGCGAUCUCGAGAAGUUCGAAGAGCAGUUCUCUGUCGAACCUGAGCACAACUGGGAGCGGGCGGAGCUUCAACUGCAGGGGAGGGAGGGGUCGUUCGUAAUGUGGUACCGACCUAUAUUGCCGGUCUUGCUCAAGAUGUGGCACGAAAUGUUGGCUGUGGAAGGCUUUGUGAGCGAACCUGCGGAGUGGCAUGUGGACGGUGAGCGGCGCUACUGCACGCUGGGGGACUGCAAUUGGUGGAUGCUCAUGCAUGCAUCAUCAUAUUUUCUGAUCAGACCAACCUCUCCUUCAACGGGAGACGCACUGCGCACCCGAUGCUCAUGAGCCUCGCCAACAUUCCAGAGGCUUUCUGAUGGAAGGAUGGUGGCACCGAGUUCGUGGCCAUGCUUGCGCCCCUGCCCUCCAACCUGACGUCGGAGGAGAAGACUGCGGUAUUUCAACAAGCGGCGCAGGUGGUGUUUGGGUCCCUUAUGCGGUCCGGACACCGGGACGGGCGAGUGUGAUAGUCAACGUGUACUCUAGAUCCGCACUCGUUGCCUGUGUUACGCCUCCUGCGUUGAUCGUUUCUGCACCUCUCCCCUGACGUAUCACUUCCCUGGUUUCGGGCGCAUGCCCUCGAUUCCUGUAGUCCUGAUCUUGGGGGCGUUGCCAUCCGAACAUAUCGCGGGCCAGGUUCCCCUACAUGGGGUGUCCUGCCUCCCCCUCCCACACCCCUUCCCACACAGUGUUGUGCUCUCUGCUUGCCUUCAUGCCCUCACACGCUGUGAAUUGCUUUUUGCUCGCCUUCAUGCCCCCUAAGCAUGGGGAAUAGGCGAGUCGAGCAUUACUUGCUCCGAGUAAUUCUGACUCGACCCUCUUGGGAGGCGUGUCGAGCAUUAUUCGAGUUGAGUAUUUUUACUCAAUUUUGGGGCGAGUAAACGCUUUACUCGGGGCGAGUAACAUUUACUCGCCUUGAGGCAAGCAUUACUUGCUUCAGGGCUGUUCCCCCCCCCCUCCCCGAACAGUCACAUUUCUGGAGGGGAGCGUUUGAACGUUAAACGCUUGAUUUCUGGUCUGGCAAACGCUUGAUAAUUGCAAGGGGGGGUGGGAGCGGGGUUGCAGAGCACGUUCUAGGAGGCGAUAUGGCGGCCUCUGUAGUUGUGCGCGGAAAUAGGUUUCCAGCAUUAGGAGGGAUAGUGUACGCCCUCCUCACGUAUAGCGUGCUAGAGGGGUGGAUUGGAUUUCGUAGUUGCGAACAGGUCCAGUGCAGUCGUAGUGGAGGGAUUUGGUUGGAUGUCGAUUUUAGGCGAUAUUGUUGAUAUUCGCGACUUGGCGACAUUCCGAGGAGGGAUUCGCCACGUCGCUCAGCUGCGAUUGGUUACUUCGCAAUUUCUCGUGGGCAUCCGAUAGAGCAAAAAAGCAGCCACGUUUGGCUUCUGAUAUUGCAUUUGUGGUCACAUAGCUACAUUUAGGGGUUUGAUUUGUUAGGCCUGCCCAACAUUACUUGGCAUGCACACUAUGUGUGAGCAAAAUCAGUGCACGCGCGUAGUUGUUGCUCGCGUGCAGAAAUGCCUUGCGAGUAUUUUUUACUCACCCACAUGAGACGAGUAACAGUCGAGUUCUCGUUUACUCGACGAGUAAACUCGACUCGACUCGGGGCAAGUAAUUUCCAGGGGGCGCCAACUCGUUACUCGGAAAAAACGAGUCGAGCAAUCGAGUCGAGUUUUUACUUGCCUCGACUACCCAUGCUUAAUGUCCUCCCACGCGGUGAAGUGCUCUCUGCUUGGGACCGUGCCCUCCCACUCUGCUUUGUGCUCGAUGCUCGCCACCAUGCCACCCCAUGCUGUGUUGUUCUCUCAGCUCGCCACUUUGACCGCUUCUGUCAGCCCUUGGCUGCACUGCCUUAGACAGCAUCCUCCAUCUCUUGGUUGCACUGCCCUUGACAGCAUCAGCCCUCCCUUGGCUGCACUCCCGUUGACAGCAUCAGACCUCCCUUGGCUGCACUGCCCUUGACAGCAUCAGCCAUCCCUUGGCUGCACUGCCUUUGAUGGCAUCAGCCCUCCCCUGGCUGCACUGCCCUUGUCAGCAUCAGCCAUCCCUUGUCUGGACUGCCUUCGACAGUGCCAGCCCUCUUUUGGGUGCACUGCCCUUGACAGCGUCAGCCCUCCCUUGGCUGCACUUCCUUUGACAGCAUAUGCCCUCCCUUGGCUGCACUGCCCUUGACAGCAUCAGCCAUCCCUUGGCUGCACUGCCUUUGAUGGCAUGAGCCCUCCCCUGGCUGCACUGCCUUUGACAGCAUCAGCCAUCCCUUGUCUGCCUUUGAGGC